GCUUAUUAUGGGCAUUUGGGGUGAGCUGUCUGGGCUGUCGAGAGCCCCAACCAGCCCAACUCGGUCAAGACUGAGAGUCUUUUCCCGAGGAAGAAGGUUCCAUUCGCUGUUCAAUGUUUCUAUUGCAGGCCAGCUGCGGGCCAUAUCGCCUGCCCCGGGACCACCCUAGAUCAGACCAUGCUUCCCCCAGGCCCCGUCGGUUAAUGACUGGAGCCAUUCGUCUGGGGAGAUGUGGGGUAUCCCCCCCAGAACAGCAGCAACAUGGAGUAGAAGGGCCGAAGUUAGAAAGUCAUCCUCGUCUGCCGUCUCCAUAUCAAUUCCACCACGACCCCAUUUGCCCAUUUGGUCAAUCUCACCCGGAUCUCCUCCUCUUUUGCGUUUCAAUUCUCCUUCAGACGGUGGGCUUUCGACACUCUUCCCGUCACCUUCUACCGGAGCCUGCGAAGUCGAGUCGAUAGCAAGAGCAUCCGGGAUACACUGCUGGAGCAAGGCUGGGGCCCUGUCCGAUCUGUGAGGGGUCAACGCCCGACGACUCGAGUCAAGAUGCUCUCCAAAGAAUUCUGGAAGGGCCGUUCUCUGCGCACCUCGGACAAGAAGAGGACAAAGGCAGCAGAACUGACUCUCAAGGAGUCCCUCUACCCAAUCUGCCUCGUCACAAUCCUCUUCUUCCUCUGGGGCUUCUCAUAUGGCCUGCUCGAUACCCUGAAUAAGCACUUCCAGAACACCCUCAACAUCAGCAGGGCUCGUUCGUCUGGCCUCCAAGCCGCUUACUUCGGCGCCUACCCCUUGGCUUCUCUUGGGCACGCCGCCUGGAUCCUGCGUCACUACAGCUAUCGAGCUGUCUUUAUCUGGGGCCUGUUCUUGUACGGUCUCGGCGCCCUGUUAGCUAUCCCUGCCAUCUUGAACCGCUCCUUCGCCGGCUUCUGUAUCUGCAUUUUCAUCAUUGGAAACGGCUUGGGAUCGCUCGAGACAGCUGCCAACCCUUACAUCACUGUCUGCGGUCCACCCAAGUACUCCGAGAUCCGAAUCAACAUCUCCCAGGCCUUCAAUGGCAUUGGCACGGUCGUCGCCCCCGUCCUGGGGUCUUAUGUCUUCUUUAACUUCGACGACACCAAGGCGCUCCAGAACGUGCAAUGGGUCUACCUAGCCAUCGCGGUCUUCGUCUUCAUCCUGGCUUUUGUCUUCUUCAUGUCGAACAUCCCAGAGAUCACGGACGCGGACAUGGCCUUCCAGGCAGAGGAGUCUCAGGCGUCGGCAGAUAGCAACAAGCCGUUCAAGAAGCAGUACCGUCUCUUCCAUGCUUCUUUCACCCAGCUCUGCUAUACCGGAGCCCAGGUCGCAAUUGCUAGCUACUUCAUCAAUUACGCGACCGAGUCUCGCAAAAACACCGAUUCCGCCCUGGGCUCACAGCUUCUCGCCGGCGCCCAGGGCGCCUUCGCCGUGGGGCGUUUCGUUGGCGUGGGCCUGAUGAACUUCGUCAAGCCCCGUAUCGUCUUCGGCAUCUUCCUCACGGCCUGUAUCGUCUUCGUCGGGCCCUCCAUCACCCAGGGCGAGAAUAUCGGCAUCGCCAUGCUCUACGUCACCCUCUUCUUCGAGUCGAUCUGCUUUCCGACCAUCAUGGCGCUCGGUAUGCGCGGGCUGGGCCGCCACACCAAGCGCGGCUCUGGCUUCAUCGUGGCUGGUGUGUUUGGCGGUGCCAUCGUGCCGCCGCUGACAGGUGCCGUGGCGGACAUGCACGGCACUCCUGUUUCGAUGGUCGUGCCUAUGGCCUUCUUCAUCGCUGCGUGGUCGUACGCGCUUGCGGUCAACUUCGUCCCUAGGUACCGCGAUGUUGCGGAUGCCUUCACCGAGACGGAGAUUGGUCUGCAUGGACACCAUGAUGGCGUUGCUGAGGACGGCAGCCUGGGAGCUGACGAGGAGAAGGCUGUUGUCUCGGACCAGAAAGAGUCAUAACCACCUCCGAUAUUUUGCGACAAGUCUUGAAGGCUGUCUAGGGCAUCAUGGCACCAGUUGACGCAGGUGUUCCCAUGAUUGUACAUGUGUUUCGGAUACGAUAAUACGUCUUGCCAAUGUCUUGACGACUUGUAUGACUUAUUCAAGAUACCAAUCAUUUAUAUUCAUGUCGACCUCCCA